AAAGAAAAAGUUGUUUGAAUUUUGAGAUUUGUUUAGUCCAUUGUGUUGUUGUUGUUGUGCAUGAAGAGAAACUUUGAUAAAUGGUCUGUGAAAUGGAGACUGAUCAGAUUGAGGAAAUGGAUGUCGAAGUCUUGCCUUCCAUGUGGCCCGAAAAUGUUGGAACUGAAGCUGACAAACAGUUCAACGUCGAGAAACCUGCCGGAGAUUUAGACACGUUGAAAGAAGUGACAAUUGAAGAGACACCGACCAUUGCGGAUUUGACACGCUUACCAGAACUAAUGAAUUCCACUCAACAAGGCUCGUCUCAACUAACCAACCUUGUGAAACAAUGGGAGUAUAUGCAAGACAACGCGGUCCGCUUAUUAAGAGAAGAGCUUAAGAAUCUCAAUAGACAGAGAGAAGAAGCUGAGGCAAAAGAGUUGAAGAUUAUUGAGGAGUAUAAGUUUGAGACCAACGAGCCUGAGAAUGUUCCGGUUUUGGAUGAGACGAGUGAUUUGUUCCGCAGGUUUAGGCAGAAGAAACGAGAUGCGUUGGUCGAUAGCAAGAAGAUUGAGAUCUAUGAGGAGUUUGACACGGUUGCAUAUUGGAAACAGAAGGCGUUGAAUCUGGAGAAAAUGCUUGAGGCGAGUACUGAGAGAGAAAGGAGAUUGAUCGAGAAGCUGAGUGAGAGUUUGAAGACUAUGGAAAGUCAGUCAGCACCGGUCCAAGAGCUAACUCAGAAUCUUAAGAGAGCUGAAGGUUUCUUGCAUUUCAUACUUCAGAAUGCACCUAUUGUUAUGGGUCAUCAGGAUAAAGAUUUACGCUACUUGUUUAUCUACAACAAGUAUCCUAGUUUGCGGGAACAGGACAUUUUGGGAAAAACAGACGUUGAGAUAUUCCACGGAGGUGGCGUUAAAGAAUCUCAAGAUUUCAAGAGAGAAGUUCUUGAGAAAGGAAAAGCUUCAAAGAGAGAGAUCACAUUUACGACAGAUUUAUUCGGAUCAAAGACGUUUUUGAUAUAUGUUGAGCCUGUUUACAACAAAGCUGGCGAGAAAAUCGGUAUAAACUACAUGGGAAUGGAAGUAACUGAACAGGUAGAUAAAAGGGAGAAAAUGGCGAAACUUAGAGAAGAUAACGCAGUGAGAAAGGCGAUGGAAUCAGAACUGAACAAGACCAUCCACAUUACAGAGGAGACAAUGAGAGCGAAGCAAAUGCUAGCGACGAUGUCUCAUGAAAUAAGAUCACCAUUAUCUGGAGUAGUGGGAAUGGCUGAGAUACUUUCAAAUACAAAACUGGAUAAAGAGCAAAGACAGUUGUUGAAUGUCAUGAUCUCUUCUGGAGAUUUGGUGCUUCAGCUAAUCAACGACAUUCUUGAUCUCUCCAAGGUUGAAUCAGGUGUGAUGAGAUUAGAAGCUACAAAGUUUCGACCAAGAGAAGUGGUGAAGCAUGUUCUUCAGACAGCUGCAGCAUCGCUGAAGAAAUCUUUGACAUUAGAAGGAAACAUUGCAGAUGAUGUUCCUAUUGAGGUAGUUGGAGAUGUUCUAAGGAUUCGGCAGAUCCUCACCAAUUUGAUAAGCAAUGCUAUCAAGUUUACACAUGAAGGAAAUGUAGGAAUCAAACUCCAAGUGAUAUCAGAACCACCCUUUGCGAGAGAGAACGCAUUGAACGCAGACACUGAGGAACACGAACAAAACGAAAACGCUAUUCCAUGUUUGUUCAAGAAGUACAUGCAAGCAAGCGCUGAUCAUGCCCGCAAAUACGGUGGAACUGGUCUCGGACUUGCCAUUUGUAAACAGCUGGUUGAGUUAAUGGGAGGUCAACUCACUGUGACAAGCCGGGUGAACGAAGGAUCAACGUUCACAUUUAUAUUACCCUACAAAGUUGGAACAUCAGAUGAUUAUUCAGAUGAUCAAGAUGAGUUCUCUGACAUGGCGGAUCAUCAAUCCGAACCAGACGAUACAGCUGAAGGAUAUUUCCAGUUUAAACCGCUUCUAGGAUCUAUAUAUACUAAUGGCGGACCAGGCAUCGGCAAUGACUUCUUACCUCAUAAAGUCAUGCUUACUAGUCCUAUUAAGCUCAUCAAUGGUUUUGUCGCUGAUCCUUCUAACAACACUGGACAGAGCGAGAUGCUUCAGCUUGAAAACGGUGGUUACGUGGAUGAAUCUAAACUCGAAACCAGUUCUGGUCAUUGCCCUGAAUCAGCUCACCAAUAUGAGAAUGGAAAUGGUCGAUGUUUCUCUAAGGAAUCUGAAUCUUGUAGCAGUUCACAAGCUAGCUCAGAAGGUGGAACCUUAGAAAUGGAGUCAGAGCUUACAGUUUCAUCUCAUACGGAAGAGGAAAAAGCCGAAACAGAUCUAAAAGAAACACCAAAGCCAAAGAUUUUGCUUGUGGAAGAUAAUAAGAUCAACAUCAUGGUUGCAAAGUCGAUGAUGAAGCAGUUAGGCCAUAGCAUGGAUAUAGCUAAUAAUGGAGUUGAAGCCAUAACCGCUAUCAAUCACUCUAGUUACGAUCUGGUACUCAUGGAUGUGUGCAUGCCGGUUCUGGAUGGUUUAAAAGCUACAAGACUGAUCCGUUCAUAUGAAGAAACUGGGAACUGGAAUGCUGCAAUAGAAGCCGGAGUAGAUAUAAAGACAUUGGAGAAUGAGCAAGUUUCUGUGCGUUCCACAAACCGGCUGCCUAUAAUCGCGAUGACGGCAAAUACGUUAGCAGAGAGUUCAGAAGAAUGUUAUGCAAAUGGUAUGGACUCGUUUAUUUCGAAACCUGUAACGUUGCAAAAACUGAGAGAGUGUUUACAACAGUAUUUGCAUUGACAUUUCAGAGUUUGGUGUUUUGUAGAUUAAGUGGUUGUUUUGUAUAUAAAUUGUGUAGGAAAAAAGUUUUGGAGAGCUACUAAGUAGCUUCCUCUCUUUAGAGAUGUAUAGUUCAAUAAAAAAAAAGCUUCUCU